UCAUAGAUUUUCAAUGUUGCUAAUGUUGAGAAAAAGGAAGUGAGAAACGCUGCUGAAAGCCAAAUGAGGAGCAGCGUGAUGCAAAGGGGAAGUGUGAGCAGCAGCAGCAAAGUUUGUCUGAACAUAGAGACAAAGAGAUUAUUCUCCCAAGCUGGUCUGAUCAGAGGAGUUACACUAUGGCUCAAAAGUGCCUUAAGUGUUUAAAAUACACCAUGUGUGUCGCCAACCUCCUUUGUUUUAUGUGCGGUGUGAUUGUACUGGCCUUUGGGGUGUACAUGAUGGUGAACUUCAGGAUGGCCGCGCUAACCCCUACCCUGGCCAGUUUCAACAUGGCCAACAUACUGCUGAGCAGCGGCAUUGUCAUCACCUGCGUGUCCUUCCUGGGGUUCCUGGGUGCUCUGAAGGAGAACCGCUGUCUCCUCCUGAUGUAUUUCCUGCUGCUGUUCAUUCUGAUGUUGGUGGAGCUGACUGCAGCAUGCUUGCUACUGGUGUUCGAGGGAAAGAUUGCUAAACUGGUGAAAGACGAUCUCAACAAGGGUUUGGUCCAAGCCAAAGGAGCGACUGCAAAUGCAACUGAUGUACUGAGUGAGUGGGAUCUGGUUCAGAACAAACUUAAUUGCUGUGGAGUCAAUAAUUUUACAGACUGGGGAGACAAUGUGCCUAAAUCUUGCUGCCUAAACAAAUGUGACAUCCCCAUGCCCCCAUACAGAGAAAAGGGCUGUUUGAUAAAAAUGAAGACCUUGUUCGAGGACAAUUUCCUAACCACUGGAAUUUCUGUCAUUGUCCUCUGCAUUAUCGAGGUUUUGGGAAUGUGUUUCGCCAUGACGCUCUUCUGCCACAUCAGUAGAUCUGGAUUGGGCUACAAGUUAUAGACCGGUGGAGGGCAAAUAGCGGCCUGUAGGCCAAACUAGGCCUAUUAUAAAAACAUUUGGCCAUUUAACCAUAAAUUACACACUCUGUAAUGAGUUUGAUAAAGGCAUCAAUUUCAAAUUAAGUCACAGUGCAAAAACCAAACAUUUAUGUUAGAGUUUUUUCCCCCCAGAAAUGUGUUUGACAGUAAUACAGGCUGCUGGUAGCACACACUAAAUCAUGUUUUUCUGUAUAGAAUCUAAAUAUUCUAAAUUUGAAAAAAAAAGAAAAAAGACAUGAGCCAAAUCUCCAUCAUAGAAACUGUAAAACUAUGUUGGUCAUCUAUCGAUCAACACUUUAGAAAGCUGGCCCACAAUUAAACUCUAUAAUAUAUAAUAUAUAUAAUAUAUGACAAUAUUCACUUUUAAAUAAUAGACCUUUUAGCUUUGUAUAGGUCUGGCCUACAGAAAAGCGUUAUCCACAGAAGGACAGAAAAUACUUUUCUGAGAUCAGAAGAGAAUUAUAUAUAUUCUGAACAGUUUUGACAUCCAAAAUAUUUCAAAUGUGGCGCAGGCCAUCUGUUCUGCUGAGGUAAAGCUGUGAAAAUUGCUAUUUGUCUCUGUGCUGUGAACGGAAGUUUUUGUAUGACAUGCUUGUUGCUAAUUUUCUAUUAAUAGCUCUUGAUACAUUUCAAAGGAAACAAUUAUGAAAAAAAUGUUUAAAAUUUUAUAAAUCUACAUCAUAUUCUUCAUUUUAGAAAUCCUAUAAUAUACCAAAUAGUGUUGUUUACUGUUUUGAAAUGAUACUGUAUCCUCCAUUUUGACUUAUCUUCAUGUUCUCACAUGAUCAGCAUUUCCUGUCUUUAGUUUGCAGUUCACUGAAAUGUAACCACUUCCUCUUUUAAACCUGUUCAACCAGCUGUUGAUUCUUAAAUGCUUCAGUUCAGUUACCAUUUAUGACAAAAUAUUCUCUGACAAAAAAACUGAGUAAGUUGUUCUGUCAUCUCAGAAGAAAAAAAUUUGGUACGAGGCAAAGAGGAAAAAGUUAAAAGCGAGUGGGUAACACAGAAAAAAAUAUUUAUUUUAAGAAUAAAUCCUGCAACAAUAUUUUAAGACAAAAAAACAACAAAAAAACCCCCUAAUUUUUCCUUUACACUUUAAAAAAAUGUUGUUCUUUUUGAAACCAUCACACACAAAAUAGAAACAAGUACAAUUUUUGUAAUAAAAAAAAUGUAACUGUACACAGCAGAAUAUACCAUUUUAUUGCAAACGGAAUAACCCUGACACCUCAUAAACUAUGAACACAAGUAUUUUAAUUCAUCUAUAGAUAUGAAAAGACAAAAAAUAAAAUAAAACUAUUCUGAUACA